AUGAAGUCAGUCACUCCAGCCAGGGAGACAACCCCUCUCUUACCGAAACAUGAGUCCAACUCUCCUAGUCAUUCCGGAUGGUUCCCCCCGAUCCGCAGAGUCAUGUUCACUGCAUGUCUGCUGUCCUUGACAUUCGCCUUUACGCAAACUUCUCUGAUCUACUCGUUCCGGACAAUGACAUGCAAUGAGUAUUACAAGCAUCACGCGUGGGAUGGUCCAGAGGACAAAAAUCGUUGUGCCAUUCCGAGGAUCGAGUCAAGCACAGCUGCCAGUAUCGCUCUGAUGAGCUCGACGACGACCAUGUGUACCCUCCUCAACCUCUUCGUCACUGGCUAUUGGAUCAAGCGCUUCGGUCCAAAGGCAGCCAUGUUUCAGCAAACAGCCUGGGCAGCCAUGCGUAAUCUCACCCAGAUCUAUGCCCAGACCGUCGGAGGCGCUACGGGUAUCAAAAUCAUUCAGACUACGCAGUUGUUCAAUAUUAUGGGCUCAGGAGGUGGAUAUGGUCUCGCUGCCAAUAGCUUCAUUGCUUUCUUGGCAGAGCCAGAAGAGCGUACGAGUCAAUUUGGUGUCCUCGGCGGAAUCAUGAUGCUUGGCGCGGCAGGUGGAUACACUUUUGGAGGAUUGUCCGAGAGACUCAUCGGUCCACUUGCACCUUUUCAAUUCGCCUUUGGUCUAUUGGUGUUCUGCACCAUCUUUGGAUCGCUGUUCCUGCCUUACUUUGAGCCUGAGAAACAGGAUGACGAGCAUGAGAAGCAGUCAAAGUCAUUCUUGUCACCUCUCAAGGUCUUUGUCCCUGUCAAAAAGGAGCAACCGGACGGACGACUCAAGAGGGACUGGAAUCUCUUCCUCCUGGGAUCAGGGGCAUUCUUCAGCGUUCUGGCAACGGGUUACGUUGGCAUGGCUCUGCAGCUGGUGGCCACAAACGUUUUUGCUUUCGGUCCAGCCGAUAGCGGCAUAAUGCUGUCCAUCUUUCUCCUGAUGAAGGCAUUCUUCCUGUCGCUGUUGUUCCCUCGUAUCAUCAAAUCGGGUCGUCAAUGGCUUUCCAAGUCACCAGCUUCGGAGCCCAUCACAAGAUCUUCCUCCGUGUCAUCGUCUAGGACCGUGGCGCAAGAAGACCUCGAUGAUCCUGUGCAAGCGGAAGAACCGACAGUCGUUUCUGCACCUCAACAUAAUCCUGCACCGGCUCCAACUGAUGUCAAACAUGGUUCCUUGUGGGACUUGUACUUUUUACGAGGUAGCAUCUUCCUUGACGGAUUCCUCACGAGUUGGGUCAGUCUGGCACAUCAAGGAUGGCACAUGUAUCUUGCGGCUGUCGUACUCCCGUUCGCCAGUGGUACGGGGUCCGCUUGCAAAGGUGUCACGUUGGAUUUUGUCGGGCCUGACGAGCGUGCGGAUGCUUUGAGUGCUAUUGCCUUGGUGGAGAAGCUGGCGCAAGUAUCGACCGUGGCGAUGUUCGGUACAGUCUUCUCAGCUCUCAGUGAGGUUGGUCGACCUUUACUGAUCUUUCUUGCGAAUGGUGCUAUUGCCAUGGUUGGCUGCGUCUUACUGCUGUGCGUAAAGCUGCCGCGCCAGAGCGGAGUGAUGAUCUGA